GGACCAUACUAUUAUUCGAGUGUACAAAAGGAGAUCCGCAGACAGCUUCCAUCCGACGACAUCGACGAAGACGUAUAUUCGAAAAAUGAAAUAUUUGUGCGCGAUCGUUUUGGCUUCGGCUGCCAUUUCCACGUGCUGGUGCACAAAAGUUGCCGCCGAUACCGAAGAGCUCACCGCUUUAAAUCCAACCGAUGACGGCGACAAUGCGAAUAAGGAACAGAUCAAAAAGUACCUGGCGACAAUGGACAACAUAGACCUGGAUCAAUUGCUGAACAACACCAGACUCAUGACGAGCCACAUCAAAUGUUUGCUGGACGAGGGUCCGUGCACGGCCCAGACCAAAGAAUCGAAAAGUAAGAGCGACGACAACGGUUUUUCUAAUAUACCCGCACUCUUCAAAUGUCCUUAUUGACUUAUUUUUCUUAUUCGUCUCUUUUUUCAAUUAUAUUUUUUUGGUAUGUAUAAUUUCCAUCAUAAAUGUCCACCUGACCGCGGAAUCAUUACCUUCGAAUAGUAUCUCUUUAUCAAAAUAUGACCGUUAUGAUAGUUAAGCUGAAAUUUAUAAGCGGUGCCGAUCAACAGGGAAAAAACUAUGAGUUUAAAUCGAGAUUUGUGUCAUAAUGACUGAGUAGGCUAGAAUCGCAACUCAUAUAUUGUAAAAAAAAAAAGAGAAAAUAAGUAUUUGACAUUGUUUUGUAAGAUUUUUGAAGUAAAAUUCGCUUAUGUAAUCAGUCCCUUUCGAAACGUACAAAUACACAGAUUAAAAUAUAAAGAUUUGUGUCAAAUUUAACAUGAGUUCCAUUUUAUAGAAACUCACAUAUUCUAUUCUAACUAUUAUUAAAACUCAGAUUUUCUGUACCUUAGACUCCUUAAAAUCACAAGUCACAUGUUCCAAACUUCAAUCACAAAAACACAAAAUAAGCCUAUACGAAAAUCUUAACUUUUAAUGGCAGUUUUCAAUUGUCAGUCUUAAAUUACAUAAAAAUAAUACAUUUCAGUUUUCUUUAUUGUGCAGAAACAUCUAUUCCCUAAUUUAUUUUUAUUUAUGUGUUUUUAGAUUCUGAGUGGAGCAAGGAAUGUAUUGGUUUUAUAAUUAUGUUUUUUUUUUUUAUCUGAGCACUUUUUAUACCAUGACGCUUACUCCGAAAAUCAAGUCUUGUACUUUUUAUGAAAGGAACUGUUCUCUGGAUAGUACUUUAAAGAGGUCAAUUUUGAAAUUCUCAUUAAUAUUCGAAAUAAUGAGGAAAACAUGGUUAUUCAGGUUAAACAAGAUUCAAAGGUUAAAAAAUAAGAUUGUCGUUGGCACCGUUUUUAUUAUUUUUUUGGUAUUAUUAAGUUAUUUCUUUUAAUAAAAUAUUUUUUAAACAUUCAUUGUCGUCCCCCCGAAAACGUACAUUGUUGAGACAGCAAUACUAUAGACCGAGCUAUAUUAGUAUGAAAUAAUUAUCGCUUUCAAUACGUUCUUUUAACAAUUGACAUUUAUUAACAUUAUAGGUAUUUCUUUAUUCUAUACUUAAGCGUUACUGUAUCGACUGAACUCCGUUCAGAAUAGUAUUUUCGUUGGCAACGGUGUUUGUCGUUGACUACAGACAUACCCGUGCCAUACCUUUCCAUAUUCCCGCCCAAAACAGUUGCUGCACCCACGCGCGAAGUACGUCCGUAUUUUUUGAUUCAUAAUCGUGAUAAAUUACAAUGGACUUUAAUUUUAAACGAAUUCGAUAAUAAAUAUAAACGGGCGGCAAUAUUGCGCGCGAUUAUAAUAUUAGCACGCUAAAAAGUUUAAAGUCUAAAUUUGAACGCGACAGAAGAAUAAGUUUCGGGCGAACUCGAGUGAACGGAGCGCAAAGACGCAUUUCGUUCCUGUGUUAUUGGCUAACGACGCGGACGGGAUCUUAUAUACAAUAUACUUACGCUCAGUCGUAUACACACGAUUUCUCGCUGAUCUUUACGCAAGACGUAAUUCCCCGGGCGAGUGUGUAUUAAAACACUGGUAAUAAUAAUAUAAGAGACGCGGAGACGGACGGCGAAACUCCGGUAUAGAAGUAAUUUCCAAUUCGGUUUAAUCGAUUAGAAAGAGUUCCGAGCGCGUUUGUUUAGGGACGCACGCGCGAUUAAAAACUUUAAGUUUGUCAAUAUAAUAAUAAUAAUAAUAAUAAUAUACGGUGAGAUGCGCACUGUCUUUCCGACAGGUAUGCUGCGCGAGAACUUUCCGCGGAGUCGCGGAUCCGAAAAACGUCGCUAGAUAAACGGCGGUGGAGUCGUCGUCGUCGUCUUCGGCGUCGCGAAGGCACGUUUUCCGCUGUGUUCUAUUUUCGUGACGCGAUUAUUUGCAAUUUACGCGCGUCGGACGACACCGUACAGUAUUGUCAAUAGAUUAUGAGUGUAGCGAGAUGCGUAUUGAUUGUAAAAUACGUUUUUUUUUUUUUUUUUGUAAUGUGUUUUACACCGCUUUUCUACUGAAAAUCGUACGUUAAUCAAAAAACGACGAGAGCGCUUUUUCCUAGAACUUUGGAUGUAGUUGGCGCGUUAGAAUGGUCUUUUUUUUUCAAAGCACUUUUCAUUAUAUUUUGGAAAAGCCGGUUAAAAACCUGUAAGAAAAAUGGGCAAAUUUAACGUAAAACAAAUUUCAUUAUUUUUUUCAAUAUUUUUGUUUUUGUACCGGAAAUCCGGUUCCGAAUUUCAAGAGUAGCAUAUUUUCAGAUAGGAAAUUUUAUCUACUCAGUGUCAUGGAAGGUUGUUUUUUGUUUCACUUUGGAAUUUUUAUUAACUAUCGGAGAAAAACGCGAAAAAACGUACGGAAACAGGAAAGUUUAUGACAGUAAACGGUUUUUUUUGUUUUGAUUUUGAUUUCGAUUUUUUAACUAUUCAGCGAAUAACAUCCGCAGAGACGUACGAUUUUCGUAGACUAUUAAUAUGUAUUGACAAGUUUACGGGUUUUCGAUGAUACGAGACCGAUCUGAAUAUUCCCGCGGUACCCGAUAAAUAAACCGCGAUUAAACUUAUUAUUUUAAACUAUUUUCGAACGUGUAUCAAUUCGAACAGUUUUAUGGUGCUAUGUGACAUUUUAAUCGGGAACCUAUUGGUGUAUAUACAUUUUUUCUUUACCCCGGAACCGAUUCAGUACUUUCCGAAAUUCGCGUAACUGUGCGAGCGAUGUUUUCAGUUGUAUGUAUUAUUACAAAUAGACCCCCUCUCUAAUAAAGUUUACAUUGAAUACGAAAUUGAAUAAUUUUAUAAACACAAAUGAUAUGGUAAAUAAAGAGAAACCGUUGCUAAUGGCGCUCAUGGCUAGUAAUUUACUAAGAAAAAAAAAAAAAAUUAAUAAAUUCGGUCUUAUAGAUUUGAUUUUUUAAAUUAAAUGCCAGCUAUUACCGAAAAUAACAAUAACCGUACACAUGUUCUUAUAGAAAAAUGUCCGUUGAUAAAUCAUUGGCAAAUGUGUAGACGUAUAGACGAGUCCGCUCGUUGUUUACGUUUUUAAUUAUUUAUGAAUACCCUACCAUGGUUUGUUUCUAAUUAGUUGUUAUUUCUCGUUUUUUUUUGUUUUUUUCUCCGCUUCGGCAUCGCGCUCAUAUUAUGUUACGCAGUAUAUCACUCUCCGCCUUCAACCCGACUACGGCCGUCCGAGGGCGGGUCGAUCUAUUUAGUUCACGAGUAGAGACGAACAAGUCAAGGGAGAAAAAACACGACGACCGAUCGCGUCGUUAUUAUCGAAACUGCAAAAAGAAUUUAAAAAAAUAAAAAAACCGAUUGUUUUUCACUCGGAAAUAACAACGCGCAUACCGUUAGGCAAACGGAUUCCCGUCACUAAAACGAAAUGCGGCGGCGGCGCGCGCGUUAUCGCGUAAUAAAAACGAUAAAAACGAUAAAAACGAUAAUGACGAUAAUGACGAUAAUAAUAUCGCGCGGCGCGCGCAUGCAUACACACGCGGUAUAGUCCGGGGGAUUACGCGUACGCGUGCGCGAAGCUCCGCGCGCGCGUAUCGGUACGGUAACGCGCGCGUACCAUCGCGCGGUGUAUUAACAGACGCGCGGAGGGUCGCCGGGCGAUAAUUGGCGACGACCAACGAACGCGGACGUGUUCGGCGUAUUCGAAAACGGAACGCGCCGUCCGCCCCCGGCCCCGUCUCGUAACGCCGGCCGGUCGUGUUGUUAUUAUUUAUCGCAAUAGCCGUCGCGCCGGCCGCGAAAACGACGCAAUCGAUUGCGGCUCGGACGCGCGCGCGAAUUAAACGGCUCGAGACGAGACAACCGCCGCCGCGGUCUUUACGACGGACGGACCGCGAAAACGGAAAACCCCGAACCCGUUCGCGCGGACGCGAUCGCAACGAUUGCGGACUUUCGGCCGCGCUAUGACGGCUGUCGCGGCGAAAUCGCGCGUGCCGAGCUCAUUCCGCCGUCCGUUUUGAAACUCGAACCGCGCGUGCCGCAACUCGCACGCUCUUCCGGAAUUCGUAACUUCGCCGUUGCCCGCAACGGUUUCGCGACGACUUCGCGCCAGCUCCUGACCGCGCCGCGCAACGGUACUGGCGGUAACACCGCGGCCGGCAUGGAAAACUCAACGGACGAUGUGCCGUUGAACGGACGGUGGCCGCGAUAUCGUUAAACGGCGUUGUCGGGUUCCGAAUAUCGGAAUUCGAAUGCGUAGACGUUUAACGAUCCGAACGGGCUGAGCGUGCGCUAAACGGGUCGCCCCGUACGUCCGGCGUAGAGCCUACAGAAUCUAACGUUACAGAAAUCGUCCGCUGUAAAUGUACAAAAUCGAGAACAACGUACGGCGGUGAACGUUUGUAUUGAACGGCGUAGCGUAGAAUCACGUAUGGGUUUGAAAUGUUUAGACGCCCGAUUUCGGGGCCGAUCCGCGGGCCGAAUUUCGAAAUUCGAACGGCGGCGACCCGCGUUCGAAAUUCCGCAGACAGACGGGGUACUCGUUCAGACGGGCCGUUGCGUUGAAAUCUCGGAAUUCCGUCGACCCGUCGACGAGACAUUCGCCAUUUUAUCUUCGGCCGGGCAAGGGUGACGGGAACACCAUGCGCUUGUGUGGGGGGGAGGCGCGACAAGGCGCGCGGAGUUUUUAAACACGUUGCGUUUUUUUUUUUUUUUUUUAUCCAAUCGGGCGAUACGCAAUAAUUAAUGUUCGUUCCAAUGUGCCGUAUGUUAUGAAACGCGUAUUGAUAUUAUCGCGGAGUCAUACUCGUAUUUCCGGAUAAUUUCACAGUCAAUACGAUUAAAUUGUACGGGCACGUUAUUGAACUCUAUUUUAUUAUAAACAUGUUUAUUUAUUUAUUUAUUUUUUUUUUUCCGGUAUCUCGUACACUUCUUCUAGUCGUACGGCAGCGCAAUUAUUAUUAAUCACAUGCGCCGAACUUCACGGUCUCUCCCGUAUACGUUAAACUUUAAUCCCGUAGCGCGUGUUCUUCGAAACGCUUUUUUUUUUUUCUUUCCCUUUAUUCUCCUUCUCCGAAAUAAAGAACAUAAUAAUAUAAUUAUGAGUGCAUUCGAUGAUUCCGUCAGCGAAUUCAAUAAGUUUGUAUAUUUUUUACCCCGUAGUUAAAAAGAAAAGAAAAAAACGGUUGUCGUUUUCCGAGAAACCUUUCGUCGUUGUUAUUAAAAAAAAAAAAAAAAAAAGGCGCUUUUUACGAUCCGAUUCCUAACGUAUUUGCGUUUAAUACACGCCCACUACGUACACUUAUUAUCCGACCGGCUCCGUCAAUGUCGGAGAUUUCGCUCUUAUUUUUAUUUUAUUUUCGGUGUAAUGAACCCAAAAUCGUAAUAUUUUUAGAUUUCUAAGGUAGCGAGGGAGCUAUUAGUUUUACAAUGCGGUUAAUUAUUUUUUUUAUCUUUGUUCUUUGUUCUAGUCUGUGAACAAAGUGUGUGCACAGAGUCUGUGUUUUCCUAGCACACUUGCGUUUUUACUUAAGUGUGAAAAAACGUGGAAAAACUUACAAUUUUACUAUUUCAUUAUUAUAUAAAAACACGGAUGACGUUUUCCACCAGAAAUAAUGAUUUAAUCGAAAAAUCACAAGGUAUCUAUUUUAUUGCCUUUUUGAUUUACUUUUUUACAUUAUCAUUGACAAAACUUUUGAGCCAAUUUCGAGUUUUUAAGGAAUUUUUGAUUUUUGGAAGUUUUCUGUUGUAAUUCGGUUAUAAAUACACGUAGAGAUUUGAAACUCGGUAGUAAUACUUAUAUUGGCCUUACCUAGACGUGGUAAAGUCUCCAAAAUCAUCGGAUGAAAAUUGUUUUUUCUUUAAAUAAGCGUUUUGAAAUCAAAUUUAAACGAAAAUCGCAAAAGACAUACGGCAUUUCAAAUUAUGUACUGCCGAACUGCGCUCGGAAUCGUCUUUCGGUCAAGCAAUGGUUUAUCGUUGCUUACGAAUGUAAAUGAUAUAGCCUUACGCAUCCUGCCUCCCUAACGUCUCACCUACAACAGUGGCCGCUCCCAUCCCCAGUAUCAGCUGUUUUUUUUUUUUUUUUUUUUUUUUUUUCCAUAGUACCUCAAAAUUUAUUUUCAAGGAUCAUUUUCGUGAUGCCGGAAUAAUAAAAAUAUAUGCGAAUUCGUUUAUAUCGUAUAAUACCAUAAUAGCAGGUAUUGUAUUAUUCUCGCGAAAUUCGCGUUAAGCGAUUACUAUAAGUGAUAAUCGGUUUUUUCCGUACACUAAGGGAAUGCGCGUGUCGGGUUUUUUCUCUAAAAUCAUAUUUUACGGCGGGGGUUUCCCAACCAUUUUAUCACCGAGUACCACUUGACACUUUGGUGAUCAAUACGCGUAACAACAUAUUAUUCUGAAACUAAACUAGGGGAGCCAAAUUUCUUUUUUUAGUUAUUCUUUGAGUAUUAAUUCAUUUACUAACGUUACGUAUCGUUUGAUGUUCGUAAAUGUAAAACAAAUCUUAAGUUUUAGAUAAAAUUGCAGUUUUCAAUUUCAAUUGGAAGACAAAUUUCUUCACGUACCACCUACGAGCUUUCUGUGUACCACAGGUUGGGAACCGUUUACUGACAGGCUGAACAGUAGAACCAUGUCCGAUUUCAAUCAUUUUUGCACUUUAUUUUUUAUUUAUUUAUUUUUUUGCCAGAAACACGAAAACUUCUUACAGGACGAAUUGAUGGAUAUUGAUUUUAAAAAUUAUAUUUCCACUUAAAUAAUAGUUUGAAUUGACCGAUUUUUUUUUCAAGGUUUUUGUUUACAUAAUCAAAAUUCGAAGUCUAAUACACCGUGUAUAAAGUCGUUCACAAGGUUAUUCUAUUUUUAACCAAAUUUAUCGAAAUCGGACAUCUCUAAGAGUGAAGCAAGUCAACACUGCAAAACUCAUAUUAAAAAAAAAAAAUAAAAAUAUAUCUUGUUCAAGCCACUUAAUACAACACCGAUUUCAUUUUUUGUAUAUAAUUUUUAAGGCUUUUUAAUUUAAAGUAUUAAUUGUUUAUACAAAUAUCACGAGCAACACAACACCUAACCUUAAAAGGAAUAAUUUUCGAUGAUAGUUGACCCAACCGUUAUAUAAAAUAAGGAACUGCUAUAUUCUAAUUUAUUCUGAGCGUUUUUUUUUUUUUUUUUUUUUUCAGAAUUGUUACCUACGCUAAUCAAGGACAGUUGUUCGUCGUGUACCAAGGAGCAGAAAAAGAGAAUGAAGAAAAUGAUCGACACGGUCAAAACUCUUAGACCUAAUGAUUACAAAAGACUCUCAAAGUUCUUCGACCCGGAAGGCAAACACGAGCAGAAAUUCUUAGACAAUUUAAACGAAUCGGAAUAACGUUAUUUAUACACUAAAGUAAAUAUACCGAGCUCUAUUGGUAGGUAUGUUAUAUUCAAAACGCGAUAUCCGACAGAUUUCCCGUCCGAUCGUUCGGAAUUUAACCGAAAUAAUACAUAACACAUAUAUUAUUUUAUAUUAUUCGCACGUAUUCUAUAUUAUUACUAAGCACUUCAAAAACACAUAAAAAAAAAAAAAAAAAAAAAAAAAAACGAAACAUUGUAAAGAAAAAAAAAA